GUUCAAGUAUUGACGCUGUCCUCACCUGCUCUCUUCUUCUUCUUCUCUCCGAAUUUCAAGUUCAAGCACACAAUCGAAGUCUUAUUACAUACAAAUCUUUACGAUGUUGCAGGUCAGUUCAACUAUUCCAUUGCACAACCCUCACAUGUUUCAGGUCAGACGUGCUAGCUUUCGAUGCCAAUCCUCUCCGUUGAAUCCUUCGACGAAACCGUCGCCGCCGUCUUCCACCGACUGCACUCGCUUGCACCUCGCAAACCUCGACAAACUCCUCCAGAAGCAGCCGUCUCCUCCGAUCACCCAAUUCGAACAACAACAACAACAACCACAACCAAAGCCUUUCCAGAAGGAAACUGACAACGAAAAGAAAGUGAAGAACAUAAUUGAAGGCCUCAGUCUAGCGAGGCUAUGGCCAGAAAUGAAGGCCACAGAAGAGAUGUCUCCGAGGCACCUCAACCGCUUACAGCGUCUGUUAUCCAUGACGGCGGAAUAUUCCCCUCGGAACGUUCUCGGAAGCCUUUGGAGGGAAUACCACGGGAGUAACGAUUGGAAAGGACUCCUCGAUCCGCUAGACGAGAAUCUCCGGCGAGAGGUUGUACGGUACGGCGAGUUCGUACAAGCUGCUUACCAUUCGUUUCACUCCGAUCCCGCCAUGUCACCGGAGGAGCCGCCCACGCCCCAACGGGUCGUUUUGCCGGAUAGGUCCUACAAAGUCACGAAGAGCCUCUAUGCCACGUCAUCAAUCGGGUUGCCCAGAUGGGUGGACGACGUGGCUCCCGAUCUCGGAUGGAUGACCCAGCGUUCCAGUUGGAUCGGGUACGUCGCCGUUUGCGAUGAUAGGAGAGAGAUCGCAAGGAUGGGACGGAGGGACAUCGUAAUAUCUCUUCGCGGGACAGCAACGUGCCUGGAAUGGGCCGAGAAUAUGAGGGCCCAAUUAACUGAUGUCUCCCCAGAGAAUGAUGAUAACUCAGCUCCGGCCCAAGAAAAGCCCAAAGUGGAGCGUGGGUUCUUGAGCCUGUACAAGACCCCAGGAGCUCACGUCCCAAGCCUAGCAAAAUCUGUGAUAGAAGAAGUGAAAAGGCUCACGGAAGUGUACAAAGGUGAGACCCUCAGCAUCACGGUGACAGGCCAUAGCCUCGGUGCCGCGUUGGCAUUACUCGUCGCCGAUGAGAUCAGUACAUGUGGUACUGACAUGCCGCCGGUGGCGGUAAUCUCCUUUGGCGGGCCUCGAGUGGGAAACAAGGCAUUCAAGAAUCAACUAACAGCAAAAAAUGUGAAAGUAUUAAGAGUCGUAAAUUCUCAAGAUGUGAUUACCAGAGUUCCUGGCAUGUUUGUGAGCGAAGAAGUUGAACAAAAGCUAAGGAAGUCUAAGGUAGGAGAAAUGGUAGAAAACAUGGGGUUGGGAUAUACGCAUGUGGGAGUAGAGCUGAAAAUAGAUACGAAGAUGUCGCCGUAUUUGAAGCCGGACGCUGACAUGGCAUGUAACCAUGACCUAGAGGCUUAUUUACACCUGGUGGAUGGGUAUCUGGCAUCAAAUUGUCCGUUCAGAGCAAAUGCCAAGAGGAGCUUGGCGAGACUGAUGCAAGAUCAAACAUCCAAUAUGAAGAAACUGUAUACAAGCAAGGCAAACGCUUUGAGUGUAAAUCUUGCUAGAAAAAGCUCUUUCUCUAUGCCUAGUUGUUUACCUAGUCCAUCUUAAACUAUACUAUAACCAAUUAAAUGUGAAUAUGCAAAAUUUCACCCA